AUGAAGUAUAUACUUCCUCGAAUAGAUGAUAAGAAACUACUUAUAAAUUCCCUUUUGGAACAACAAAAGACUGCUACCAACUAUAAAAAAUGGUAUGAAAUCUCGUUAAAACUAGAUGAACUAAUGAAUCAUAAUUCAUGGAAAUCAAGUCCUCAAUCAGAUUUAUAUGAUUAUAACCUUAUCUUCAAUAAUUUAAAUGAAAUGAGAAAUGCAAGGUUGAAUAAAGAUUAUAAAUUACUUUUAUAUUAUAUCAGAACUAAAUGGGUACGGAAUCUUGGUAAUAUGGGAGAUAUCAAUCUUUAUAGACAUUCAUUUACUGGUACAAAAAAAAUCAUUGAAGAAUAUAUUGAAGAAUGUAAAAUAUCAUUGAAUUAUUUGGUUAAUGAUCCUGAUGUGAAUUUGGAUGAUAGAUACUUAUUAGGAAUGUUGAUUCAAACCAGAAGAAAUAUUGGUAGAACAGCCUUGGUGCUUUCAGGUGGUAGUACAUUUGGAGUAUUUCAUAUUGGUGUAUUGGCAACUUUAGUGGAAUGUAAUCUUUUACCCAGAAUUAUCAGUGGUUCUUCAGCAGGAUCCAUAGUAGCCAGUAUAUUAUGUUGUCAUACCAAUGAAGAGGUGAUCGAAAUCUUGGUUACCAUUGCCGAUAAGGAACUUAAGCUUUUUGGAUCUCAAGAAGCUCGUCAUCAAAGUAAUUUUAAACGAGCCCUUGGCAACUUGAGUCAUUUUAUAAAAUAUGGAACAUUCUUUGAUAUAAAAUAUUUGAAAGAGACUAUGAUUGGAUUUUUAGGUGAUUUAACUUUCAGAGAGGCCUAUAAUAGAUCAGGUAAAAUCUUAAAUAUUACAGUUUCUCCUACAUCUAUUCAUGAACUGACAAGAUUAUUAAAUUAUCUUACGGCACCACAUUGUUUAAUUUGGUCUGCAGUUUGUGCAAGUUGUUCAUUACCAGGUAUUUUCCCUUCUACUUCGAUUUAUGAACGUAAUCCGAGAACUGGAGAAGUACGGGAAUGGAAUAAUGAUUCAUCAGCAAAGUAUGUGGAUGGUUCCGUCGAUAAUGAUUUACCGAUCACAAGAUUGCUGGAAAUGUUUAAUGUUGAUCAUAUAAUUGCUGUACAAGUGAAUCCCCAUGUGGUGCCUAUUUUAAAAGUGGCAGUGAGUAGUGUUGGUGGUGGAGAACUUGAGAAUGAAUUGGCUAAUAAAAUCAAAAAUGCUUUGAAUAAUAGUUAUGAUUUCUUAACUUGUGAAGUCAUCCAUUAUCUUCAAGUCCUUAAUGAAGUUGAUGUAUGUAAGAAUUUGUCAAAUCGAUUAAUCUCGAUCUUAUCCCAAAAUUAUUCAGGUGAUGUGACAAUCUUACCUGAUUAUAAACCAAUGGAUUUCUUAAAUUUAUUUGAAGAUCCCUCCCCUGAAUUCAUAGUUGACUUUAUAUUAAGAGGGGCUAGAGCAUCAUGGCCUAAGAUUACAGUGAUUCAUAAUCAUUGUGGAAUGGAAUUUGCUCUUGAUAAUUCAAUCAGUUUACUUCGUGGAAGAAUCAUUACUUCUGCUAAUAGUCGAAUUGCAUACAAUAAAAAAGCUACCAAAUUUAUUAGAAGAGGUAAAUCGACUAUUGGAUUGGUUAAUUCUCCAGUUUUAUCUACUGAUAAAUCACUCUCUACUCCAAAUACGCCAGAGAAACGUAAGAAUGUGGCAAGAUUCCCUACUGAACUUAGAAGACAAAAUUCAGCUCAUGUUCCAACCAAGAAGACAGUUUUAAAGAAAAAGAGAAAUUCAAUUAGCGUUCCUCAAGAACAAGCUUCAACUAAAUUCUCAAAAGGAAAAUCGACAACUUCACUUUCUUCAUUGAGUUAUGAUUUUAUUAAUAAGAAUGUUUCAGCAGAAUCAACUUUAAUCAAUGAUACUGAAGAAGAUAAAGCACCUAAUACAACUUUGGCAAAGGCUGUAGAUAAAGCAGCAGAGCUUUCCGACAAUAAUGAAGAAGUAGAAGAAAGAAGAAAAAUCCGUAAGGCUCGAAGUUCAGGUAAUAUCCGUACUCAUAAGAUAUCACUGAGUAAUGAUUUAUUCAGUCUUUCAUUUUCUCAUAAUCCAUCUAAUGAACAAUUAAAAUAUCAAGAAGAACGAAUUCCAUUUCAUCAAAGUAAUCCAUAUCUUGAUUCGGCCAUUCAACAACCUGAAUCUAUAAUAAUCAAUGAUGAAUUCAAAGAGAAGGCAUAUUUACCAAAGAUUUCAGCUCCUAGCUCAAAACGGAAUUCCCUUAUUGGGUUGAAUAGAUUGAAAGAUUCCAACUUGUCAAGAUCAGGCAAUAACUCGAUUAAUGAUCUUAAUAGUAUUAUUGUCCCACAAGCUAAUGAUACCUUGAGUCGAGCCAUUCGAUCAAAGGAUUUUGAAAAGAAAUCAAGUCGAUUUAGUAGACAAACAUUUGAUACAAGUCAAGUAUUGAAUAGUGAUGAUGAUGAUAAAUUCAUGGCGUUCAGAAUGCAAGCUACUGAAACUGGUAAUACUGAAGGUGAUGAAUUCCUCGGUGAUGAUGAAGCAAGUAAUCCUGUGGCUGAUGAAGAUUAUGAUAAUGAAGUAAAGGAAUAUUAUGUCAGUAAUGAACAAUCUCCUAAAGUAGAAGAUCCUAUUACUAAUAGUGAUGAAGAUGAAGAAGACGAAGAAGUUAAUGAUGAAGAUAACCAAGUAGUUAAUUACGAAAAUAAUGAUGAGAAUAAUGAAGAUAUUGACCCAGAAGAAGCUGAAGAUAUUAUGUUAAACAGACAAAAUGGACUAUACGAUGAUGUCUGA